CAUCUCGCCGAGGGCCAGGCAGCAGCAGCAGAGUCUCUCCUCGACUUGAGGAAAACUGUCUAGCACCUCACCAUGGGGCAGGACCGCAACAACCGUUGCCAAAACAACUCCCUGCAUUUAACAUGCGGAGAGUUACUCAAGGAACGGCAGUCCCUCCUCUUCUCCCUCCACCCCCGACAUCAACCCUGAGCCUGCAGGCAACAGAGGAGCCUUCUUCAAUCCCCGCCAUCGGACCAACAUGGCGAGGGGGAAGAAUGAAUGAGUCCAUUCCCUGCUCUGCGGCUGAAGUCCACAUCCUGAACCUGCUGGAGACGAUUAAACAGCAACAAGACCAGCUCGUGGCAAAGGUCAACUACCUCUGCAGCAGGAUGAACAGCACCCCGGGGCCAGACAUUGAGAUGCCUGACAGUAUUAAUCUCCCCUUGGAACACCUGGAGGCAGUGGAGGCAUUUGAGGUGUUUCUAAAAGAACCCUCUAACUACCCAGCUCAACAGAGAGUAAUUGCUUCUUUGGCCACAAUUGGAGGCCAGGAUUUGAAGAGGGUGACUUGGAACAUUCUUGGCCGGCUAUACACAGACGACGUGUCCCACCAAAUCAACUGGAAAGGUGUGAACAACAAAAAGGCCUUCAGCCAGAUGUCGGCAAAGAGCUUGCUUUUCAGUGCUGUGAGGAAAAACUCUAUCACAAAGUCUGUCACCGAUGCGGAGGUAACCAAGCACACCAUCAGGUGGUUUAACCUGGCCAUGGAUCGGGCGACAAAGAGACGAGGAGGUGUCCGUCCCCCGACAUGUCCCUCACAGCCGUAAUUGAAGCAGUUGAGAACAUAAUCAAUAAAAAAAAAAUUAUUGAACGUUUGAUUCUUAUU